AUGCAUCCUCAUCUUCUGGUUCCCCGAGGUGACCAGCUUCCUACUCGGAAGGCUGCCGUCUACGGUGUUGGCAUCGGCUUCAUGGUCUUUACUUCGAUCGUGAUCCUUUUGCGAUUGUGGGUCCGCAUCUUUAUGUUGCGUGCACUGGGAACAGACGAUGUCUUGAUGGUGGUGGGAACUAUCCUAACAUAUGGACUGACAAUUGCCACCAUGAUUGGUAUGUUCACACUUCGGGUUCAGUCUCUCAUCGUGCUAACAGACCACAGGAACGCAUCGAUCUGGGUCACUCGUCUUCUUUAUACUGUUGGCAUGGGGUUUGUGAAAAUGUCUCUCUUGUGGUUCUUCCUCCGCCUUGACCAGCGCCGCUGGAUGAAUUGGUCGGUGUUUUUCGUGAUGUUCAUCGUGGUGGGAUUAUCUUUCGCGAGCGCCAUCGGGUCCAUCGUCUCCUGCACUCCGCCGUCGAAAUUCUGGGAUGUCACAGGUGAAAAGCCGGGGCAUUGCAUGUCGCCCGGACCACAACAGGACUUUUACGAGGUCAAUGGCAUUCUGAACAUCGUGACGGAUAUCCUGAUCUGGCUUUUACCGAUACCAAUGCUGUGGCGACUCCACAUUUCCCUGCGUAAAAAGGCUGCGAUUUUCGGGGUGUUUUCCGUGGGUAUUCUUGCUCUUGCAGCUGCUUGCGUUCGCUACAGUUUCGUGCUCAAGCUGGAGGGCAAUGAAGAUCAAUUCUAUCAUCUAGCCGAUUCACUCAAUUGGUGCACCAUCGAGGUCUACGUCGCCAUCUUCUGCGGCUCGGCACCCUCCCUCUCGGUCCUCAUCAAAACCUACGCACCGCGCGUCUUCGGUACCUCCAAGGCUCAAAACUACGCCAGCAACACACCCAUUCCCGGAAACAAUCUCCCACAUAAUCGGCCCAGGGGCAACCGGCACCGACGCUUAGAAGACACAACGGGACUAGGCAGCCAGGAUGCGAUCGUGCUAGAUAAUCAGGAACCCGACGGAAUCACGCUGAAGACCGAUAUUCACAUGGAGGUUACAGACGGGAAUGGCGCUUAUGUGAAGGACAACUACAGUGACUCUACGCGGGGGGGGUGA